GCGGACGCGCGCGUAGCGUUCUCCACGGCCGACUUGUGGUGAACGCACGAUCCUGUCCAAUUAGUGUUCUCGCGAGAAAACGGGUUAAGUGGCCGAUUGGACUAGUGAAGUACUCCGUUUUGCGGCGGCAUCAUACAAACUAAUGCGGGCCGCUGAGACCAUGUUGACGUGCUUUUUUAGUGCAAGUUGAUGGAAAAUAAAACUAUGUAAAAAGUGAAGUUAGUGAAACCAAAACAAUGUGUCCGGCGUGGUUAACUAGUGCCUUGGUUGUGCUAAGCGCUGCACUAUCAGCGCUUAGCGCCUCGCUGUCAGCGACCACAGGGGCGCGAUACCAGGCUCCCGACGAGUGCCGGUGGACGACCGAUGAUAGCGACGCGGGAGUCGCUUUGCAGUGUAGACUGAGGACUAUUAACAGUGAACUGGAAAAUACAAACUUUAGUGCAAUACAACCACAUCUUACCGUGAGAUUGCGACUCGAGUGCAGUGACGCGCUUUUCUUUCAAAGCUCGCUUGCUCCCGGCAGCUUCCGUCAGUUAAUUGAGCUGCGGGAACUCACCAUUGAAUACUGCAAAAUUGGAAAUCUCUCCGACGGUGCUUUCACGGGUUUACGAGAAUUGAGAAAUUUAACGAUACGAACGCAUAAUACAGAUUGGUCUAGUAUGUCACUUGAAAUAACAUCGACGGCAUUCUCUAGAGAUGUGCAAAAUUUAGAACGAUUAGAUCUUAGUGAAAAUAACAUGUUUUUAUUUCCGGAAGGUGCACUGUGUUCAUUGAGAAAUUUGGAAUAUUUGAAUAUGACAGGAAAUAGAAUGAGAGAUAUAAGUCAUUUUCAAUUUUCUACUGCGCAUCGACACCCGUCUGAGAAAUGCGGAGACAAUUUGCUUGUUUUAGACUUGUCUCGAAAUAUUAUCGAUACUUUGCCACCAAAUUUACUGUCAGGAUUGAGAAGAUUACAAAAACUAUAUCUUCAGGGAAAUGGUUUGAAUUCGAUAGCAGAUAGAGCACUUGAAGGUCUCAUAUCUUUAACAACUGUAAGAUUUUCUGACAAUCAACUAACAAGUCUGCCUCCAGAAUUAUUUAGUGACACAAAAGAGUUAAAAGAAAUAUAUUUGAACAACAAUACAAUUACUGUCUUGGCGCCAGGAUUAUUCAGUGAUUUAGUCCAACUUUUAGUUUUGGACUUAUCAUGGAAUGAAUUAACUUCAGACUGGAUAAAUACUUCAACGUUUUCCGGAUUGAAAAGACUUGUAUAUUUAGAUUUUUCCCAUAACAGAGUUUCAAAAUUGGAAAUAGCCUUAUUUAGAGAUUUGCAUAACCUUCAAGUACUUAAAAUGCAAGAAAAUUUCAUUGAACACAUACCCGAAAAUGUUUUUAGUACUUUGAGCAAUUUGCAUACAUUAAUUUUAUCUAAUAAUAGGCUUACAACAAUAGAAAGUUAUGCAUUUACAGGAUUGCAAGUUUUGACUGUGCUAUCUAUAGAUAGCAAUAGAAUUUCGAAAAUUAAUUCACAAGCACUGAGGAAUUGCUCAUCUUUACAAGAUCUGCAUUUGAAUGGAAACAGAUUAGAUGAAGUACCUUUAGCCCUGAAAGAAAUACCGCAGUUGAAAACUCUCGAUUUGGGUGAAAAUUUAAUAGUGAGCAUAGAAAAUGCUUCAUUCACUGCAAUGCAUCAAAUGUACGGAUUGAGAUUAACUGAAAACAAUAUUGGCAACAUUAGCAAAGGUGUAUUUGAUAAAAUGACAUCCCUAAAAAUUUUAAAUUUAUCAAGGAAUAAGAUUCACAAAAUCGAAGCUGGUGCAUUUGAUAAUAACAUAAACUUGCAAGCAAUAAGAUUGGAUGGAAAUUAUUUAUCUGAUAUUGGAGGCUUAUUUGCUAAAUUACCUAAUCUAGUGUGGCUGAACAUUUCUGAUAAUCGACUCGGCUGGUUCGACUAUGCUAUGAUCCCAACUGGAUUGCAGUGGCUGGAUAUUCAUGCUAAUAGGAUAGCGGAACUUGGAAACUAUUUUGAAAUAGAAUCACAAUUAUCUCUUAGUACGUUUGAUGCCAGUUCUAACAAGUUGACAGAAAUUACAGGUAGUGCCAUUCCUAACUCUGUGGAAAUGUUAUAUCUGAAUGACAAUUUGAUAUCUAAAGUGCAAUCAUACACGUUCUUCAAAAAACCUAAUUUAACACGAGUCGAUUUAUAUGGAAACAAAAUUACGAAUUUAGACCCUAAUUCAUUACGAAUAUCAGCUGUGCCUCAAGAUAAAUCAGUACCUGAGUUUUUCAUUGGUGGAAACCCAUUAGAAUGUGAUUGCACAAUGGAGUGGUUGCAAAAAAUAAAUACUGGAAACAGAGCCAGAACUCAGCCGAAGUUAAUGGAUUUGGACAGCAUAAACUGCAAAUUACUUUACAAUCGUGGCAAUGCAUACGUGCCCUUGGUAGAAGCUGCACCCCAUCAGUUUUUGUGUAAAUAUGAAUUUCACUGCUUUGCAUUAUGCCACUGCUGUGACUUUGAUGCUUGCGAUUGUGAAAUGACUUGUCCAAAUAAUUGCACGUGUUACCACGAUCAAUCAUGGUCAGCCAAUGUUGUGGAGUGUUCAAGUGCCGGCUAUGUGAACGCGCUACCCGAAAGAAUACCGAUGGAGGCCACGCAACUGUACCUUGAUGGUAAUGACAUUAAAAUGCUCCCAAGUCACGCAUUUAUUGGAAGAAAAAGGCUGAAGAUACUCUAUCUAAAUGCCUCAAAUAUUGAAACCAUUCACAACAGAACAUUUAACGGAUUAAAAGAAUUAGAAAUACUACAUUUAGACUACAAUAACUUGAUUCAAAUAGAAGGACAAGAAUUUGGUGGAUUAGAUAAUUUGCGCGAGUUGUACAUAAACAACAAUAGAAUAAAGCAUAUUGGAAAAGAAAUGUUUGAUCAUAUGGCACGUCUGAAAAUACUUCAUCUGCAUCAGAACAGACUCAUUACACUUCCAGUUUGGCAGAUUAACGCUGCUAUAACAGAAAUAACUCUAUCAUUUAACCCGUGGUCAUGUGAUUGUGAAUAUACAGAAAUGUUCCGAGAAUGGACAAAAAGAGUGAGUUCUAUAACAGAUCUAUCAAACAUCAAAUGCAUUUAUUCUAAAUACAAUAAUACAGAAUUGAUGCCAUACAGUGACAGUUUAUUUAGUGAUCCGGAUUCUGGGUUCAAUAUUGUCAACGAAAACGGAUCUAUUUGCACUGGUUUGCCAAGUAUAAACAACAGUAUAAAUGGAAAUUUGACAGCAACAAAAACUAUAAUCACAAAUGAAGCAGUACAAGAUUAUAUGCUGUUAAUCAUAAGCCUUGGUUUAUUAUUGGUGGUAUUAUUUGUAAGCACAAUAGUUUUCGUGUUCAGACAAGAAAUGAGAGUGUGGUUUCAUUCAAAAUACGGAGUGAGAUUAUUUUAUAGAUCAAGUGACAUAGACCGAGAAAGUAGAGAAAAAAUGUUUGAUGCGUUUGUAAGCUAUAGUUCUAAAGAUGAAGCGUGGGUUGCCGAGGAACUCGUACCAAUGUUAGAGCGCGGUGACCCCUCCUACAAAUUAUGCUUACAUUACCGCGAUAUACCCAUGGGCAGCUAUGCCGCAGAGAAUAUUAUGCAAGCCGUUGAAACUUCGCGUCGUACCAUAAUGGUUUUGAGUGAGAACUUUAUAAAAUCUGAAUGGUGCCGUUAUGACUUUAAAUCGGCUCAUCAUCAAGUACUAAGAGACAGACGAAGAAGACUGAUAGUUAUUUUGUUAGGUGAUGUGCCUCAAAAAGAUCUCGACCAGGAUAUAAAACUUUAUUUAAAGACAAAUACUUAUCUUCAUACAAGUGAUAAAUUGUUCUGGGAGAAGUUAAGAUUCGCCUUACCAGAUGUGCCAAGUGGUGCGAGGAUUCGUGAUGUGCCAAGUCCCGUUGUUAAUGCCAGUGUGGCUAUGCACAGGCAUCAUCAUGCAAGAAACCAUCUGGGUGCGCUGCCUCCUCCUCCGGUGCAUGGCGCUCACCCAGUUCUCCCUCCCCACCCCUCUCAUACACCACAUCAAGUGCCGCCCCGUGCGUCACCCCGUACCAUGUCCGUCCACGUAUGAAACUAUUAGUGUUGUGAAAUGUGACUAAUGUAUAGUGAGAAAACCUGCGUAACAGUGAAAGUGACUUCAGGAUAUAAUUGUGAUGGCUAGUCUGUUAACGUAUGUAUUGUAAAUAAUCAAUUUAAUAUCAGCUGUAAUUGUAUAUAUGCUUAGUUAAUUAGGACUUUUUCCAUUUUAAAAUACCCUGUAUAAACAUAUUUUACCAUACUGACAUUGUCUGAUGUUGAUCUGUCAUUGUAAAAGAAUGUUGUAAUUGCAGAAAAAUAGUUGAUUGACCGAUUACACUAGAAUAUAAUGUUGUAUUAGGCCUAUUUGGGCUGUGUUUGAUGGGCAAGACUUGCCAAUUACUAUUGAAGUGACUUAAUAAGGCAUAACUGCCGCUAUCUGUGAUAAAAUUAGAAUUAAACUAGUAUAAUUUAGUAUUUGAUUCGUGUAAAUAUUUUGUAACUUACAAUUAGUCAUACUUGAAAGAAAUAUUUAUUGUAAAGCUUCUCGAAAAUUGACUCUGUCA